AUGGCACCCAAAUCAUUAUUGGUUAAAAAUCGAAACAAGCCUUCUAAAAAUAACAUCUUUAUUAAGAAACUUAAUCAUGCUUUGGUAAUCAAUAAUAAUUUACGUAAGCGUAUUGAUGAGUUAUCGGACCAAAAUAAAGAAUUAUCAACCACUAGGAAUAACUUAUCAUUGGAGAAAUUGUCAUUGCAAACUGAAGUUAACUCUAUUAGAAAUUCUAAUGUUCAACUGACAGCAAUGCAUAAUAUAAUGAAUAAAAAAAUUAUUGCAUUAGAACAAACUAUUCAAAGCUGUAUUCCUGCAUUGGUAACUAUGUCGCAAUGUAUCCCAUCUAUGUUAGAAAGUGUACACGAAAUGAGUAAGUUUGAGAUCAAAGACUUUAACAAGGAAAAGAAAGAAAAACAGACAAAAUUUGUUAGACCUAUGGUUAACGGUCACACCAUCAUUCAACCAGCUAUUAGAAUAGGGAGAUGUGAUAUUAUGAUGUCGCCUAUCAUCGAAAGUCCUGUUACUGAACAACCCCGACGUAGUACUGAACAACCGCGUCAUAGUACUGAACAACCGCGGAAUAGUACUGAACAACCACGACAUACUAUUGAACAACCACGACGUAGUAUUGAACAACCGCGGCAUAGUAUUGAACAACCACGACAUAGUACUGAACAACCACGGAAUAGUACUGAACAACCCCGGCAUAGUACUGAACAACCCCGGCGUAGUACUAAAAAACCCCGGCGUAGUACUGAACAACCCCGGCGUAGUACUGAACAACCCCGGCGUAGUACUGAACAACCCCGGCGUAGUUCUGAACAAACUCCAAAAAGAGCAAAAAAACUAAGUUAUAGAAGUUCACCACAAUGCAAACUUAAUAUGGAACCAUAUGUAAGAUUAAAAGAUGUUGCAGCCAUGUUAAAAAACUCCAAAGCUGUUCCUAAUGAAGAAGAACCUCAGCGUCGACUAAAUGAAGAUUUAGGUGAAGGUCCUAGUUGGUUGCAUUCUCCAGAAAAUCAAACACAAAAUUCUAACAAUACUACUAAUGCAAUACAGAAUGUUCAAAGUUCUUCUAGAUCAGCUACAGUCAAUGAAGUUCAGGCUGAUGUUUCAACAAUUGCUUCUACUUCAAGUGGUAUUACAGAUAAUACAUUUGAUGGAACUGAAGAACGCCGCAGUAAUUUAAUAUCUUCUAUUGAUUCAAGUAUGAUGAGAAACGUAACAUGUCGAAAACGUACAAAACGAUCAAGUGGAUCAAGCAGUGCAUCAGAUAUUGAUGAUUCCCCAGAUGAUUCAACUAUUUCAUCAAGACCUAGUAGAUCUGCAAAAAAAAAUAUCAACUAUAAAGAAAAGAGCCUGGGUGGUAAACUCAGAAGAUAA